AUGCUUUACUCUGAGGACAAUACUGACAAUGAGCAAGAAGAUUUGCCUUAUGAUGGAGAUCUACAACAUAGAGAUCAAUGUAGUUGCGAUUCACAGAAUUUAGAAGAAUUCAUUUCUGUAAAAUAUGUCUCCCCAACUGUUUCCACAUUGACAUCUUCUAUCAGCAACCUGUCAAAUGAAAAUCCAGACUGCCAAAAGCAAUUGUCUCAAAGGAAAGUCAAUGCGGUGCUAUUGACGAACAAGAAUGACGUAGAAUUUGCCAUGACAUCAGGAAAGGAAAUACAAUUUGGCGGUUUUACCAGUUCAGGAAGAAAUGAAGAGUUCUCCAACUCAAAAAUGUCAGAUGUCCUUUUACGUCAUUUUCCAACAGAAGACUUAGCAGACCAAUUAAUUGAUUCUGAGACUAUCCCAGAGAUAUCGUUUACUGACAGUUUUGAUGAAACAGUGCUAAUAAAAAAUAAGAGUUCAGAAAAUACAGGGAUAUUUCCCCCCAAAGAAGAAAUGAAGAAUACUGAAAGGAAAGUGCUGACAAGACAAGCUGAGGUUCAAAAUCAUAUCGACCACCUAAGAUUUAAUAGUCCUAAGCAGGUUGUUGCCUUGAAGAAUUUUCCAUUUUUUAUUAAUCGUUUUAAAUUUUUAUUUGUAGAAUCACGGUCUAAAAAUAUAACUUCUUCAUUACCGUUAGUUGAUGCAAUAAGACAACCAUCUGCGAGCACUCCUUUUCUGCAAAACAUAACAGAUGAGACGGAACAGAUAUUAAAGAAACAAACUGAAGAGCUGAAAGCAAAUGUUGAAAUAUUUUCUGAGUGUAUUAAACAGAAUGUAUUCUCAGUACAAGAACAUUUUCAGUUUUUGCAACUUUUAAAAGAACAACUGGAGCAACUGGAACAUAAUUAUGUAGCCACCAGGGAAAAGCAUUAUGCUUUGCAACUUCAGAACCAUAAGCAUUCAUCAAGAACUAUUGGAAAAUUUGAUGCUAACAGAAAAGUAGAAGGGGAAAUAUUUAAACUUGGGAUGUUCCUUGACGAUAUCAAAGAGAAAAUUGAGAAGACAUUCGCUUCGUAUUCCUCAACGUAUAUAACAUCACCGUCACUCACAUCCCCCCCAUCUUCUAUUUGUUCAAGCUAUUCUGCGAGUCCUUUGAUUACAAGUACCAAUGAACCUCCAAAAAGAAAUAUUGCAGGACUAAACAUUCCCCAAAAUGAGAACUGCUGGAAGAAAAAAAACCAUCCUGUAGAAGGAACUCCACAAAAGGCAUAUAAAAAAUCUAUACAAGGCGACCAUCCAUCCCAGCAAAUUCCUCUAGAACUGCAGAAGAAAAAUAUCCAUUUAAAAACAAUGUCAUCUGGGGACAAAGCAAGACAACAAACAAAUAGGCAUAUUCUUAUAAAAGAAUUUGACCAAUACCCCAGAUCCCAUAAAACAAAACAGAAUUAUAACAAUGAACAAGAAAAUACAGAUAGGUAACUUCCCAAAAUAUAUUAAAUUUGCUAUUUUUUCCUUUCUCAUAUUCUUUCAUUUUUAGGCAUUGUUCUCUUGAACCAAAACCAAAUAUUAUCCAAAAUGACAAUUUCACUAUAUAAAGUUCAGAGCUUUUUAUAAAUAGAAUUAUAUCUAUUGGUGGUAAAUGCAUUCAUUCAUGUGUUGCUACUAAUUGGACAAGUAUCAGAAUAUCGACCCAAUUAAGUUCCAAUAUUUCAGAUAGUAAUUUGAUACUACACAAUGCUAAUCUUCUUUUCAUUUCCAUUAGGAAUUUAAAUGAUCUUCAAAUAAGAUCUUCAGUUCUAGCAAAUUUAAGCAGCAAAGAAUCUAAUGAGGUUGAUUUCAGUUUAUUGAAUGAACAAGGUAGAACAAGAUAAAAAUAAACAUUUGUGUUUUAAUAAGUAAUGAAAUCAUUUAAAUAAGAAGCAUCCAUUAAUCAGUUUUUUUAACCUGUAAUAUUUUCCAUAGGAAGAUCAGCUUUAGAUACCUUUGAGAAAGUGAGACAUUCUACUGAUAAGUCUAAAAUUAUUAUUCAUCCUACAUUGAAAAUGCAGUUAUCAAGAAAUAAAAUAUGCUCCUUUUAUUCUAAUAGGUUCGUAUGUGUAUUGCUAAACAUAGUAUGAAUCAAAUCAGCAUCCUUAUCAAUAUAAAAUGCAAAAAACCCAAGGAAGUUUACCUUACAGACUUAAAUUGCAAGCCUACACAUUUAUUUAGAAAUGAGGUCAACUGAAUCGUAUGUAUGUAUGUAUGUAUGUAUGUAUGUAUGUAUGUAUGUAUGUAUGU